UUGGCAGUGGGCAGAAUUAGCCUGCAAUACUGCAUUCUCACCACUGAGCCAACACAGCUCCAUGUGUAGACAAAAGAACAUUCAAAACAUUCGUUAAAAACAAAAUUGGCAAACAUAGUUGAUAUACAAGAGAUAAAAAACAAAGUUUUUCGGAAACAAAAGGUCUGGCUAAAUAAGUUUGGAAUACCAUCUUUAAUCUGUAAAUUUUAAAAUAUACAGGGGCAAAAAUGAAAUGUCUUAAAUUACAAGGAAUCACAGUUUUUGCUGAAAUAAUGGUUAAAUAUGUGUAUUCUAAGAAUGGGAGUUUGUGAUUAGGAUGUAUAUUAUUAUUAGGAUAUAUCAAAAGGUGAUGUUUAUUUUUUUAUUUGUUUAUUGCUUUAUUUAUCUAUCUAGUUUGUGAACUCAGCCAUAGAGACUUGAAAUGCUGAGCCAGGUUUUAUGUAUGAAGUUUGAAUACAAUGUAGAUUUAUUCCAUAAAUAGUAGUUAUAUUAUUAUGUGGUAUACUGUGUAGACUGGUUUUAAGAGGUCCAAAAUGUAGAUCUUUUGCAAGUGAAAGUUAAUUGAAUAUCUGUUUUUUUUUUUGGCUGUUUUGUUAUAGACAUGAAUAUAUCAGUGGAUACUAUCGAAUUUCUGCAUACUUCUUCUCAAAACUAAUGGCUGAUUUAAUACCCAUGAGGACUUUACCCAGCAUAAUUCUCACCUGCAUAGUUUAUUUCAUGUUAGGCCUGAAACCCACUGUAGAGGCUUUCUUUAUAAUGAUGUUUACUCUGAUGAUGGUGUCAUUCACUGCAACCUCGAUGGCACUUGCUAUUGCUACAGGACACGAUGUGGUGGCUGUCGCCAAUCUUCUGAUGACUAUCAGCUUUGUUUUUAUGAUUGCACUGCAGAUUAAUGAAUUUGUGGGUCUUGACUUCUGCAAUUUCCCUACAAAUGAAGACUCCAAUUGCACAGACUUUAGCACAAUUCAGCCGUGCACUGGAGAACAAUACCUAAAAAGCCAAGGGAUCGAUGCAACUACUUGGGGGUUAUGGCAGAACCAUGUGGCAUUAGGUUGCAUGACCAUCAUUUUCCUUACUAUUUGUUACUUGAAGCUACAUUUCAUGAAAAAGUUCUCCUAAGUCAAUGAAAUUGUCUUGUCUCCAAUCCAGUUAGUCCAAUCUCGAAUAAUGUAAGAAUGAGAAAAAAGACUAUUGUUCUCCUAACUUGAUUCUUUCGAACUUUUCUUCUUGUUUAACCAUCUCACAAACAAGGGGGAAAAAGCCUCAGUCUUCAGCCAAGAUCUUUGCCUUUACAAUACCCUCAGAUGUUAUUUUUGUUGUUUGUCAAGUAGUCUAAAAAAUAAUAAUCAAAUGUCAGUUAUUUCGUGCUUGCAAGUAUGGAGGCUUCCUUUAAUACCAUUUGUUUUAUUUAUAUUUCAAAUUGUUUCUGCAUACUCCUGACAUAGCCCAUGCUGAUUCACAACAUCAAAUGAUAAUAAAAUUAUAUUUAAAUGAAUGGACCCAUCAAUAAAUAGGCAUAAAAUCAAUCAUAUCACAAAUAAAAUUAAUCCUUGACACAAAGAUAAAUAAAUUUUCUAGCAGGGAAUGCUACCAUUUAAAAAUAGUUUUCAGAUUGUUUUUCAAAUAAUCAAAUAUACUGGUACCUUGGUACUCAUUGUUAAUUGGUUUCAGGAGAUGUGAAGAGUAACAAAACUAGUACCAACCAAUUUUUUUUCCUCAUAAGACACCAACAAUUUCUAGCUUGUGUUGAGUACUAAACAACUGAUGAGUACCAGGACAAAAUUUUCAAGCCAAAAUGCAUUGAGUACCAAAUUCGGUAUGAGUUUCAAAACAGUUGAGUACCAAGGUACCACUGUAUGUGCAAUGUAGAGAUAAGAUGUAGCCUGAUUUAGACUAUAAUAAACCUGAAAGCUUGACAGCAAUUCUUUGUUCUCUUGUACAUCAGAGAGACUCUAGGCAAGGCAAUCUUGAGUAACUUUUUUAUACCUUCCUGUUUUCCUAAUGACUGCCAUAUAUUUUCUUCAGUGCUAAUGCCAUACUGCUCUACAAUUGCACAAAAGGUUACCUAAAUAAUUCAAACCAAUCCAAUCCAAUCCAAUUCUUUAUUACAAACCAGUGAGCCAGAUCAAGUAAGUCUUACUAAAUAAAACCUAGAGGAUACAACCCACAAAAUAGGACAUAUAAAAUAAAACAAGGCAUAAAAAGGAACAAGAAUUACAAACAUGCUAGCGCUAUUUUUGCUAUCAACACCAUAUACAUUUUAUUAGUUGCCAUAUAAGCAUGGAAACAUGACAAUUUUGUUUAUUUUAUAGACUAUAAAAUAUUUCUACUUACAACCACUAUUAUGGAUUGUACUUUGUAAUGCGUAGAAUCAGAAUUACCCCUCUAUACACUUAAAACAUGUGAAUAUAUGGGAAAACAUUGUUAUAAAAAUAUGCAUAGUAUGUUGAGAUAAUAGUCAGGUGGUUUCCAAUUCAAAUGAUGAUGCUAUUUAUGCAUACAGCAUAAAAGUUUUAUUCCAGUGUGCUAUUGCAUUUAAGCAUAUUUUGUGGAGUAUUUUUUUCCCUCAUGACCUUUUAAGAAGCCAGUGAUUGAAUUACCAUACCUUAAACUUAAAACAUUGAUAGUUGGGAACUCAUAUGAAUGUAAAAGCACUGCAUUUGAACCUUUAACUUAACAAAAAGUUAAGGAAUACCUGCUUUAUAUCAAAAUAUAUUAAGAGUGUCCAACACCAAUGUCAAUAUAACAGGUACAAAUGAGUGAAUGAAGCUCUCCCCUGUUUUAACAUGUAUACGAUGCAUUCCCCCCCCCUUUUUUUUUUUCAAUUUUGUCCAAUUCUCAGAGAUUGCCUAGAGAAGUCAACAGUUUUCUUGGCAAGAUUUUUUCAGAAGUGAUGUGCUAUUGUCUUCUUCCCAGGGUCGAGAGAAAGUUACUGGCCCAAGAUCAUCCAACUGGCUUUGUGUCCAGCAUUAAGACUAGAACUCAUGGUCCCUCAGAUUUCCAACCUGAUGUCUUAACCACUACACCAAAUUGGCUCUUGCGAUACAUAUAAUAAAUCACUUUCUGACAUUAUUGACAGCCCUGACAUACACAUCAACAUUGAUAUAAAGUUAUGAUUAAAAUGGAUAGUAA